CGCAAAUCCAGUCUACAAUUGGGUCUCAAAUCCAAGUGGAACAACACUCGAGACUUUUUUCGCUUUUGCAGCAUUCCGGUGGAGACUGCCAAAAUUCGUGCUCCUGUGGCAGAUCGCAAAAGCACAACAGGGUUCACAUGGAUCGACAUAGAAAUGUUGGAGCCAUUCAGCUUGAUUCAAUACCUUUGGACUGAAGUGGGGCUGGAUGUUGGGAGUGCAGAAGUGGAAACUUUUUGGAAAGAACACCGAGCUCGGGGAACGAAGUGGGCCAUGAACACCUCAGAAAAUUCAUUUAUCCCCUUGGGCAUUUAUGGAGACAGCUGUCGAGUUCGACAAAUUGCACACCAGCCAGUGCACAAAGCCUUGGGAAUAUUCUUGAAUUGUCCACUCUUUCGGCCUCGGAACUCGAGGGCAUCAAGAUGGCUUGUGUGCACGCUCGACGAACGACUUCUCUACAAACAUAUCACUCUCAACAAAAUUUUUGCCAGGAUUACUUGGAGCCUGAACUGCUUGUGGGAAGAUCGGUUCCCUUCUUGUGGCCCCAAUGGGGAGACUUUGGAAGGGAAGUUUCGUGAUCGCAUUGGACAGCAAAUUACAGGCCGCCGCUUUCAGGUGGUCGAGUGUCGUGGGGACUGGCUUUGGCACAAACAAGUGUUCCGCUUCAACUCAACUUGGACAGCAGGCAAAAACAAGCCAGUGUGCUUUGCGUGUCCGGCUUACGCAGUUGGGGAUGCCAAGUACUAUAACAUCCAGGAGUCAAGUCCUUUGUGGCAGCGGCUGUACAUGUUUGAACAGUUCCUGGGGGUUGAGAUGCCUCCUGUCGGGCCCAGCCCUUUGCCCCUUUUGAGGGGAUUUCAUCAUUCGUGCAUCGCCUUUUGCUCUAUGCAUUGUAUCAACCUUGGCUUGAUGUAUGGCUGCAAUGGAAGUUGUUUGAUGGCUGUCCUUGAAGAAACUGACAUGUUUGGCCGUCCUGAUGAACUCAGUCUUCAGGAGCGCAUGGACCGCGCAUAUUUGAACUUCAGAGCUUUUUGCAAGGCUGCUAAGGUGCCAUGCAGUCAGCCAGCAUUCACAGUGAAGCUGGUUGUGAAGAAAGGUGGAGAAAUCUUGAUGACGGGGAAAGCAUACAACAAUCGUUGUAUACAGCUGUGGCUUUCAAGUGUGAUGAGAGUUGCGGCUGAGAGCUACCCUGCAGUUGAGCGGCUUGCAGAGAUGUCUGUGUGCAUGUUGCCUGGUUGCGGUGGUGUUGAUUAA